ACACAUAGAUUUAAAUAUUAUUAAAUCAAAAUUCGUUUUUAAUUUUAUAAAAUUAAUUACGAAUAUGUUUUAAAUUAAUAAAUUAGUGAUUCAGCUAAAAAUUAUUAAUAAAUCAAUGACUAAACUAAAACCUAAUAAAAACAUGACAAAUAAGCAAUUGACUAAAACCAUGGAAAACAUGACAAAUAAGCAAAAUCAAAAUAAUUAUUUAUCUUAUUACAUAUUUUCUAGUUAUAGUAUUUAAAUUAAUUAAUUAUGGAGUCAACUAAAAACUAUUAAUAAAUUAAUGACUCAGCUUAAACCUAAUUAAAACAUGACAAAUAAACAAAAUUAACUAAAAUCAUAGAAAUCAUGACAAAUAAGCUAAAUCACUUCAUAAAUAAUAGUAUAGAUUCAAAACAUAAUUGUCAUUACAUAUGUUUUCUUUUUUAAUCUAUUUAAGCCAUAUAUUAUAAAGGAAUACUGCAGUUUAUAUCGGUAUUGUAAUACCAAUUAUUUUAAUUUCUUUUAAUUAUCAAAAUCUAAUCAAAUAGAAUAGAAUAUUCUAACCUCAUUAACAAUAUAUAAAUCUAAUCUUAACUAAAGUACCGUGCAAACAAGAUAACCUCUAACAACUUAAUUCCUUCUUAUCUUCAAGAUUUUCUUUUUGAUCAAAGUAGAUUCUUUGUUUUAACUAAUGAGCCAAUUCCAUAGACAAUAAGUAUAACCAUUUUGCAAAUAUAUGCUUCCCAAACGAGUAUCUAUUAUUCUUAUAUGUGCCAAAAGUUUUCAAAGUUUGAAUAUAUCAAAAUUUACAUAAAUGUCUAUCUCUUCCAAAUUGUGUUUCAAAAAACAAACUUUUUUUGUCAACAAAUAACAAACUAAAAUACAAACGUUACGUCCAAAACAAAAGUAAAUUAUUUUAAAAAAAAGAAGUUAUACAAAAUAAAAAUAUAAUCUUAUCUCAAUAAUUAUUAUUAAAAUUAGUACAAAUAUUAUCCGCGCAUGGAUCUGGAUCUAGUUAUAUUUUAAACGCUGAUCACUCAUGGUUACGCUGAUCAUUUGACACUCCUAUAGACUGUCGCCAAAACGUAUAAACAAUACAACUAUACGCGCAUUUUAAAACUCGUACAUAUUUAGCAAAUUUUGACUUUUUUGAGAGUUAGAUUAACAGAAUAAUAGGAUCACCGCAUGACCAUUUCUUCAACUCCAAAUAUAAUCAUUUCUCAAAAAAAAAAACACUCUCACUUUCUCUCUCUCCCUCUUUCUGUUGCCAUCUUUGAGUUUUGCUCGAAUCCAAAGGUUGAUUUUAACUAAAAUCAUAUUAGAUUAACCAAGAGACUUUGGUUUUUGUUUGUUUCUUAAGUUUUGCUUGGAAGAAUCAAUAAUGGGUUUGGAAGAUGAGAAGAAGGGAGGAGAAGCAUCAGGAGAAACAUCAGACAGAGAAAAUAGGCUAAGCAGAAUGAACAGUGAGAGCUCUUUGUCUCCGACCGAAGAUGAUGAUGAUGACGACGAAGACAGGAAGCCCGAACUCGGUCCCAUGAUCGCUCUCAAAGAACAGCUUGAGAAAGACAAGGAUGAUGAAAGCUUGAGAAGAUGGAAGGAGCAACUUAUCGGCGUGGUGGAUCUUGAAGACGUUGGAGAGACACCGGAUCCUGUAGUAAAGAUACUACACUUGACAGUUAGGUCUCCAGACAGAGAUGAGAUGGUAUUGACGAUACCUGAUGAUGGUGUGCCGAACCCGAAAGGUCCUUGGUUCACCAUAAAGGAAGGAUCUAAGUACACCCUUGUCUUCAACUUUCGUGUUACCAACAAUAUUGUUUCUGGACUUCGCUAUAACAAUACCGUUUGGAAAACCGGUGUCAAGGGUAAUUUUAAAUUUUUGUGUAAGAUAUAUUCUCCAAGAAAUUAUCUAUUAAUAGUUGGUGUUUUUCUUGUUGGGGCAGUGGAUAGUACGAAAGCAAUGCUUGGGACAUUUAGUCCCCAGGCUGAGCCUUACCAACAUGUGAUGCCUGAAGAAACCACGCCGUCUGGUAUAUUUGCUAGAGGAUCCUAUUCCGCAAGGACAAAGUUCAUUGAUGAUGAUAAUAAGUGCUAUUUGGAGAUCAACUACACCUUCGACAUCCGCAAAAAUUGGCAAUGAUCUAUCAGAUUCAACAUUUUCUUAAGUCUAAAACUAUAUAAACAAAGCUCUUCUGAUAACAUUCAUUUUUAUCUUACAUUCGACUUCAGACUAGAAAAUUUAUUUAGCUUUCGAUUAAACGAGCAUGAAUAAAAAUAUCGUUCGAAGCUUUAAUCUAAUUUCCUCUUCA